AUGGACGUACAUGAUGGAAGCAUAAGGAACUUACUUAAUGCUAACAAUAACUUACCAGGAACUAUUAAAGCAUUUAUAAAGUCCUUUGUAAAACCCGGUGCUCUAACAUUUAGGUCUUUGAGAGCAAGAGCAUUGAAGUCAAGAGAUGCAGAAACUCCAACAGAACCUACAGAAGGAACUGAAACAACAGAAACUCCAAAAGAACCACCAAAACCAACAGCUAAUGAAAUAUUGUUCGAAUAUUUUCCAAGGUACUCUGUUCUCAUUGCAUACAUUCAAGAAAUACUUAAGAAAGCAGACUUGACUUUAGGAGAUGAUGAAAGUUCUGUAUAUCUUUCGUUCCAGUUUCAAAUAGCAGAACUUUUGAGACAGAUAUGCUUAAUGUAUGACAACAUCUCUGAUUUCACAAGAUAUGAUGACGACCAUGACCCCGAACAUGGUGAAGAAGAAGUUUUACAAACAUCCAUUAAGACAGGAAAGGUUUUAACUCAAAGUCUCAUUAUUGACACCAAAGAUGGCGAAGUGGACGUUCUUCAAGAGCUGAAGAAAAAUACUUCUUCGGGAGGUGGUGGUAGGCAUGAACUUGAAAUAAAUGAGAUAGAAGAGAAAUUAGCCGAAAAAGCAGAUAAAGAACAUAAACACAAUAUCUCCGAUAUAAAUGAACUUCAAGCUACAUUAAAUAGUAAAGCGGACAAAAAUGAACUUGACGCAAUGAACAAAGUUUUGAAAUCUCAUAAACACAACAUCUCCGAUAUAAAUGAACUUCAAGCUACAUUAAAUAGUAAAGCGGACAAGAACCAUGUUCAUUAUAUAAGUUCAGAUGAACAGAUUAUAACGGACUAUCAUGGAUAUUUAACACAGGAUGAAGAAGUGAAGACGAAAAAUGUUAAUGAAAGAAGAUAUAAAUUCAUUCGUGCUAAAGGUUAUGACAUACACUGUACUGUACAGUAUGACACAGGUAUAGCACCACAAACAUUUGGUUAUAACGCUGAAAUUUAUGCUUCAUACUUCUUUGUUAACGGUGUAUUAGUUGAACCAAGAUUUAUGUUAAGAGUUAAGGCAAAAAUAACUUUUGAAGAUGCUAUUAAAAGUAAAGCUGACAAAAAUGAACUUGACGCAACGAACAAAGUUUUGAAAUCUCAUAAACACAAUAUCUCCGAUAUAAAUGAACUUCAAACUUCUUUAGACAGUAAAGCAGACAAAAACCAUACACAUAAAUCCUUCACUACUGUUAGAGCAGACGACAUAAUAUUGAACUUUGACCUUGGUUCAAGUGCACCUUUAGAGAAUCCAAGUACAAGCGUAAAAGAUACACUAAACUCCUUAAAUAACAGUUGCAGGAAUAUCGAAGAUCAUGCCAGAAACUUUGAAGCAUAUGAACUACCAACAAUGUUAGAUAAGAAAGCAGACAAAGAACAUACACAUAAAUCCUUCACUACUGUUAGAGCAGACGACAUAAUAUUGAACUUUGACCUUGGUUCAAGUGCACCAUUAGAAAAUCCAAGUACAAGCGUAAAAGAUACUCUUAACAAUUUAGAU